AUGGCAACACUGCGGACAUUAUUGGAAAGGUUUAUAAACAACGAGAACCUACCGGCGCGCCUACCACUGGACGGCGUGAAAGUGCACUUCUCUUAUCCAAAUACAAAAUGGUGCGGACCCGGCAAUACGGCCCAGACCUACGAUGACCUAGGUGCCGAUUAUGAGACUGACACGUGCUGUCGCGAUCAUGAUCAUUGCGAUAUCAACGUGUCACAGGGCAAUGUCGUGUGCGGUGUGGUUAACCCAGGCUUGUUCUCCAUGUAA